GCCACAUGACGUAUAAGACACUUCCUCAGAAGAUACAGUAAACAAAUCCACGGACUAUAUUCGGUCGCGUCUUAUUGAGCACAGCGACUUGCGUGAAUUUAGGCAUUCACGAGGCUUUUUGGUUGACAUCACACGGUUUUGCGCAUUAAAGAAGGUUGACGGGAGGGACACAAAGGAGGGAGCCGCAGGAAAAGCGCAGCGUGCCGCACGUUGGUUUGGUUGAGUGCACUCGAUUGGUGAAUGCUCAGGCUUCAUGCCGUUGUAUUGAGCAGGCUUCUCUUCUGGCGACAAUACUGCGAGCAGCGUUUUGUCUCUAAGAAAUCGUUCAUAUUAAGAUAUGAUCUGACACUGCUUUUGUGUGUCUUCAAAGACAUGGUGAAACAGACCAAGGCCAAAACGUUCCAGGCCUAUCUGGACUCCUGUCACCGCCGCUACAGCUGCGUCCACUGCCGUGCACACCUGGCCAACCAUGAUGACCUAAUUUCUAAGUCGUUUCAAGGCAGUCAGGGCCGUGCCUACCUGUUCAACUCUGUAGUCAAUGUGGGUUGUGGUCCAGCAGAAGAAAGGCUGCUGCUGACUGGUCUUCAUGCUGUGGCUGAUAUUUACUGUGAGAGUUGCCACACCACGCUGGGCUGGAAAUAUGAGCAGGCAUUUGAGUUAAGUCAAAAGUAUAAGGAGGGGAAAUUUAUUAUUGAAUUAUCUCACAUGAUUAAGGAUAAUGGCUGGAACUGAAGCCUUCAGCCUUUGCUUUAACUUUCUGUCACCGCUUGCAGCUUCUCCAAGAACAUCAUGCGAUAUGCUUUCUUUUAUAUUUAUCCUUCUAUGAUCUACAUUUACCAUUGUGAGCACCUUUUCCCACACUUGUAUCCCAAUGCACCAGUUUUUCAGAGGGGUGGGGUGAAUCUCGGGUGAUAGGUUUGUGUCUUUAUAUGUAUUUGGAGGUAUGCUUGAAAGAAAUUUCAAACUGCUGAAAUUAUCAACCACUUAAAUCCAGUUUCAAAGAAUUCUUGAUUUUUGUUGAGAUUUUGACAGAAGCCCUCAAAUUCUCCAAAUUAAGUGCAAUUGAUGAGGUUUGGACAAAGUAUGAUCAAUAUGCCAAGAUCCAAUGCCUUUUUAUUCAAUUUAUUUUUUACUUUUAAAGAACGAGGUAUUUGUGAAUGAGGUAGUGCAUGUGAAGUUACUUCACUCUGUGUGUGUGUGUGUGUGUGUAUGUGUGUGUGUGGGGCUUAGAGUGGAUCAUGUGCAAUAUGUGUGUAUGUGAGAAAGUUUGUUUAAAGGAUGAUUUAUGCCUCCAAAUUCAGUCAUUUUGGUUGAAUUCAUCUUUUACUUUACCAAGUCACUGAGGUAUCCCAACAUAUGAACAUCUGCUCGUAAGUGUGAGCUAACGUUAGGCUUGUUGCUGUAGAGAUGUCCACAGUUGACUGACAUUCUUAAGAAACUUCAGUUGCAACUUAUAAGGUGUAAUUGGGUUAUAAAUUUUUUUUAUGUUUUUGUUGUUUCUUGCAUUAUGUCUAUGAAAAAUGUUCUAAGUAUAGUCUAACAUUGAGCAGCAUGUACAGACGCAUCGAUCUGAUCAUGUUAGAGCAGACAUGCCAUUUAAAUGUGUUUGAUUGUGUGGCAAAAUACUUCUUUGAAUGCUAAAUCAUUAAUGUGUAUUGCAUUAACCUGAAUUCUUUACAUUAAAGUAUGGGGUAAAUGAAAA